CGGUCAUUCCUAAAUGACAACAAUGAAAGAUGAAUUCAUUUGCCAAAGCACCUGCCACGAAAGCUUUUCAUUUUUCCCUGUAAUUCCACAAAAAUACUACUUAAAAAUUGAACAUCUCCAACAACGAUAAGUCUGAACCUUCGGCGCUGGACUUCGAGUUCAAAGUUGGUCGACGUUUUUKGGAUUUCCUUAAUCCAUUUGCUUCAUAUUUUAUUUAAAAACCUGGUUUAUAUCGGUCUUAUUGACUGAUCAUAUUCAGCACGUCCAAUGCAUUCUGUAUUUAGAAGUUUGGAUGUACGUCUUGUGCGAUGAAUUCAGAGCGAAACCAUUUUAAAGAAAUCUCCAGACUCGAUCCACUGGACGAAGAAAGUUCAAAUUAUGAAGAGAAGUCGUUUAUUCCCGAAACGUCGCUCGUCAACCACGCAAAAAAAGGAAAGAGAAUCAUCAUAAAUGUGAGUGGACUUCGUUUUGAGACUUAUGAAAAGACCUUGAACCAUUUCCCUGAAACGCUUCUUGGAUGCAAAGAAAAGCGAGAUGACUUCUUCGACAGCUCAACCAAUGAAUAUUUCUUUGAUCGAAAUCGCUCGACGUUUGAGGCCAUUUUGUUUUUUUAUCAAUCGAAUGGCAAGCUGGUAAGGCCUAAUGGUGUACCCUUUAUUCUCUUCAAAGAGGAAUUACGAUUUUUUGAAAUUGGCCGCGAAUAUGUCCAAAUAUUAGAAGAAGAGGAAGGCUAUUGCCAACAAGAGGAGAGAAUUCUGCCGAAAAAUCAYAUUCAGAGUAAGAUAUGGGAACUUUUCGAGUAUCCCGACAGUUCAAUGGGAGCGCGCGUAAUGGCGACUUUUUCGGUACUUAUAAUUCUCCUUUCGAUUGUCGUUUUCUGCAUCGAAACGUUACCAAUGUUUCGCUGCAUUUCGACUCCUGAAAGCACAGGCUGCAAUAAAACGACCGAAACUCAAGCCCGAAACACGUCCGUAACCACAACGGAAAGACCAAAGGAGACAAGUCAAGCUUGGACAGUGAUCGAGGUGCUUUGCAUCAGCUGGUUCACGUUUGAGUAUUUGGUGCGAUUUUUGUCUUCRCCGCAGAAGCUUGUCUUCGUGAGAUCGUUUUUGAAUGUGAUUGACCUGGUUGCCAUAUUACCUUACUAUAUAACAAUGCCUAUGGCGGAGACAAACAGUAGAAUUACGUCUCUAGCUGUACUGAGGGUAAUUCGAUUGGUGCGUGUUUUCCGUAUUUUUAAGUUGUCGCGCCAUUCUCGCGGACUUCAAGUUCUUGGGCAGACACUACGAGCAAGCUCGAGAGAAUUGGGGAUGCUUAUUUUCUUUUUAUUCAUAAGCGUUGUACUCUUCGCUAGUGCUGUUUACUACGCCGAGGAAGGCUCYGAUGAGUCGAAGUUUAGCAGCAUACCGGACGCAUUUUGGUGGGCUGUUGUUACCAUGACAACCGUGGGCUAUGGGGAUAUGUACCCUGUAACCUUCUGGGGUAAGGUUGUAGGGUCUAUUUGUGCUAUCUCUGGAGUACUGACAAUCGCUCUACCCGUCCCUGUAAUUGUGUCAAAUUUUAACUUUUUUUACAAGAGAGAGCAGCUAUCCGGCUCGCUUGAAAUGGCCGAGAACGGCGAAUCUCCGUACGGAAAUUACAACGGAACGGAGGAAUCAGAUAACGAGAAUUACGACACUGCAAAUGGCCCCCUCGACAUAAGCCCAUCAGGAAAACUAUCCCACAGUGUGGGUAAUACAUAUAACCUCGAAGUAAAGGUGGAAACACCAGUGUGAAGAGAAAUGAAACCAAGAUCAAAUGAUAAAGGUAUUUAAUUGGCAAAAAAUACCUCCAAAGCCAAGAGACGCCAAUUAUCGUCCAAAUUGCCCUUUUGUGGUUUAACAGGAUUUCAGUGAAGAUUGACAACUCCCAACUAACUAUAAUUACUGAAGGUACCUUUGAAGGAGUAGUUUAAGUGAAUUCAUAUUGAACUAACGACCUAAUGUGGACCUCAAGUCAUGAAUUAAUUAUACAUGAGCCCUAAUUCAAAGGGAUAAAUGCUCUUCAAAAUGGGCCGCUUGCCUCAUUAUAGGMCCCCUCGUAUUUAUUAUUUAUGCCCCUUUUUGGAUUUUAGUUUUAAGGGGUGCUAUUUAAACAACAUUUUAAAAGCAAGUUUCAUUCAUGAUUUGAGCGGAGAUUCAAGAAUUAAAUAUCUACAACGCUUUUUGGGUGAAAGUAGCCAUCUUGGCAUCUGUGUACUGAAUAAGAAAACGGAUCACUGAUCAAUUGGAUGAAUUAGUUAUCAAAAACGGUCUCAAUUUUACUAAAGCAAAUUAAAUCAAAUUCGAUUUUUUAGUCAAAGUUUCAUUCAAGAUUUCUAAAGGAGACGGAAGAUUUGAGAUUUUAUGUCGAUUUUUCUGUGAAUUUGAGCACUCGUUUUUGUCUUCGCGCCAUCUGUGCGAAUUGAGAAAACAGAUUUUUGGUUAAUUCAGCCAUCAAAAAGGGCUCCGUUUCAAAGGAAAUUUAAUCAAAUUAGAUUUUUCACUAAAGUUUUAUUCAUGGUUUUAAGCGAAAAAGAAAUAAAUACAUAAUUUUGGUUGG